ACCUGGGUGUCAUCUCUUGGAUAACACAAAUUCCUCAACCUCCUUUUUGCCAGUCCCUGGAAUAAUCUGCACCAGAGACAGAGAGAACUGGGAAAAAUCAUCUUUAGAAAAUUGCUCCUCAAAGGAAAGACACGGCGCUGGAAAAGACAAAAGUUCACCUCUGGCCACCCUUAACAAACACAGAUGUACCUGUCAGCAGUUCAGGGCUGCAGUGACUGCUCCUUGCCUGGCUCCAUGAAGGAGCAGAAAAACAACUUUGUGCUUUCCCUUGGAGCCAACACCAGCAAGUGCAACCUUGAGACCAGCCAAACAGAGUCCCCAACAUGCUGGGCAGAAGCAACCAGGGGCGGCCCAGAGGUGGUGAUUGUACCAGUGCUUUUUGGGUUGAUUUUUCUCCUGGGAAUGGUGGGAAACACAUUAGUGUUGGUUGUUUUGGGGCGUUUCCGGCCUGGGGGACGCCCAUCACGCAGUGCCACCAACAUCUUCAUCCUGAACUUAAGCAUUGCAGACUUCUCCUUUCUGCUCUUCUGCGUUCCCUUCCAGGCCACCAUCUACUCCUUGCCAGAGUGGAUCUUCGGUGCCUUCUUUUGCAAGUGGGUUCACUACUUGGCCAUGGCAACAAUGCUGGUCAGCAUCUUCACUCUGGUGGCCAUGUCUGUGGACAGAUACAUUGCUGUGGUCCAUGCCAAACGCUCGCCCUGCAUCCGCAGCAAGCGCAACGCUGCCCUUGGCGUGGCUGUCAUUUGGCUGCUGUCUCUCCUCAUCGCCAUCCCCGUGGCCCAGCACCAGGCCCUCAUGAGUGGCCAUCACCAGGCACCCAACAGCUCUUUCUGCUGGGAGCACUGGGCAAACGGUUCCACAGCCAAGCAGAUGUACAAGAUUACCAUCCUGCUGGUGGGAUACCUCCUGCCCCUGCUGCUCAUCACCUGCUGCUAUGCCAAGGUUUUAUACCAUCUUCAUACAAAAGUAAAGAACAUUUCCAAGAAGUCAGAGAGAUCAAAGAAGAAGACAGCGCAGACAGUGCUUCUCGUGGUUGCUGUGUUCCUGCUCUCCUGGCUGCCACACCAUAUCAUCACCAUGUGGGCAGAGUUUGGGCACUUUCCCCUGAACAACAUCUCCUUCACCUUCCGCAUCAUCUCUCACUGCUUGGCCUACGGGAACUCUUGCAUCAACCCCAUCCUUUACGCUUUCCUCUCGGAGAAUUUCCGCAAGGCCUGCCGGCAAGUCUUCACCUGCAAGUUCUUCCAGCGGCCGGCUUCCACUGAGAAACUGGCCAGAGUGCGCGUGGAGAAUUUCUCUACCACACACUCCAUCACUAAUGUGUAAGCUGGGCUCACAAACAUGUUUCAGGAGAAAGAGGAGGGAAGAAGGUUCUGUCUGGGGAGAACAUGUAUAUGAGUGCAUUCCAGGGAGUGGUGGAGUCUGAAGAACUGUGGACUUUGUCAGAUUGCUGGAGUGGUAGGAGAUGUAUUUCCCUCUGACUGUCAUGAUACGUGACAGAGUUUGUCCUAGGGUACCUUGCUAGACACUGGGCUAUGUGAAACAGAAUUACCUGAAUGCCCAUAAGAUAGAGCCCAAAUGCAGCUGUAGUCGUGACAACAGGAUCUAAAAUAAGAUUUACACAGAAGGUAGCAUCUAUACAGACAAGAAGGCAGCAGUUAAUUAUGACUGUAGGCAGUCAUUUGGAUGUGAACAAUGAGUGAUGCGACUCAGAGAGCAGUUUAGGAGAAGUCAAACUAAAGUCUUUGUAUGUCUUUGUUUCAUCAACAAAUUUGACUAUGUGUGAGCUAUACACACAUUUAUAUCACUACCUGUGAGAUAAAUCUCUAAAGUCUCUAAAUCCCCUUGAAGGCUUUGCUAUAGCAUUUACCUAUUGGGCAGUAAAACCUUUCACAUGUGUCAGUGACGUGGCUGUCAGCAUUUGGUGGCUCUGUAUCAGCUUAUACAUCCCAGGGUCUAAAUGUCUGUGUGCUCCUGUGUGUAAUUACUCCUGUUUAUCACUGCCUCCAACAACUGUCUCUUGGUGAGCAACAGGAGGAAAGUGGUAUUUCUCAACAUAUGCUUAAAAAACUGAUUUCGUUUGAAAGCAGUCUACAAAAAAUUUUGUUGGUAAAUAUAGUGUUCUCUUGAGUCUAUCUACCCAAGGCUUUUUAUCAGCCACUUUAGUAUAUAUAUAAAGUGCCCGAAAUUUUGUGGUGCGGGUUUUUUUCGGUUUUUUGCUUGUUUGGGGUUUUUUUUACUAACUGUUGUGAUCAACAGUGCUCUAGCAACAAACAGUUAAGGGCAUUUGUACCAAGUUCAAGGUUACUACUUGUAACUAUAUAAAGUGCAUAUUACUUCAAAAGUAGGAAGCAAAUCACUGAAAGAACUUCAUUAUUUCACUGUGUUGUCUAAUUUAGUAUUUCUGCGUGCUGCAAUCCAGACUGACCUGUUCACAGACUGUAAAAAUGUGAGUUACAGAACUUAAACUACAAAUUAUUUGCCGUCCAUGCAAUGAAUGGGUUUCCAGUCUCCAACUGGAUCGCUCUUUCACUGUAUUUCUAAAACUUGGGAGCCAUUGUAUUAAAUAAUUAUACUGCAGUUUGUAACUUCCUUUAAGAGCCCCUUAACUGUGCAAUAUGAACAGAGCAAAUGUGUACAACAGGAUAAGGUCAUAUUGCCUGAUUCUUAGGUGACUAUCUGUGCAAGUUUUCUUUGUUUAGCUUUUACUCUCAGUAUAUUAAGAGU